CAAGUGUUGGCAACAUUCAGCUCUCUGAUGUGGGGUGCUGCAGGCUUCUCUGAGGUUCUGGAAGAUGAUUUUGAAAGUUAUGGGAGCUUACUUACUGUACAGAGGCAUUCUUGAAAUCCAUCAAGUUGUGGGAUAAUGUAGCCUUUUUUAAUUGAUGCAUUAAGUAAUUAAAACUAAAUUUUGGCUAGUUCUUUUUAAGUUUUUGCCACAAGGUGGAGUAUGUUAGAUUAUGCUGUGCGCUUCCUGGAAUGUUCCUGGGAACUUUAGGGUAAAGGAAAGGAUAUCUGGAGUACAGUUUGCUGAGGCAGGACAGGGGUAGAUGUUUAGACUGAUAAGCAGUGGGUAGCAGAACAAUGGCACAGCAACAAGAGCCAGGCAAGUGAGUGACAGAGAGGAACUUUUUAGCAAAGCUGCUAGUCACAGGACAGAGAGUGGUGGUUUUAAACUGAAAGAAGCUAGGUUGAGAUGGGAUGUAAGGAAGAAAUUCUUUUCUGUAGGGUGGUGAGGCACUGGGAACAGGCUGCCCAGAGAAGUUAUGGAUGUGUCAUCCCUGGAAAUGUUCAAGGCAGGGUUGGAUGGGGCUCUGAGCAGCCUAGUCUAGUGGAAAGUGUCCCUACCUAUGGCAGGACAGUUGGAACUUAGUGAUCUUUAAAGUCCCUUCCAGCUCAGACCAUUCAAUGAUUCUAUGACUACAUCCACUUUGAACAGGAAGAGUCUAGGCCAUACUUUUGGAGAAUAUUAAAAACAGUCUUUCAUCAUGAUACUUCUUGAAAUAAUGACAGUGCAUAUUUAUGUGGAAGACAAAUAUGGCAAAAUGGGGAGAAAAAGUGUUUCAUGACAGUGACAUGCACAUGGCUGAUAUCUGUGUUUGGGCUUGGAAACACUAAAUGCUGCAACUGCAGGAUGCUUCUGCUGGUGAUCGGCAUCACUUCUAUACAGAUAUGUCGUGUCCAGUCUGUUUGCAACAGGCUACAUUUCCUAUAGAAACGAACUGUGGACAUCUCUUCUGUGGUUCCUGCAUUAUUGCCUACUGGAGGUAUGGCUCAUGGCUGGGUGCCAUCCGCUGUCCGAUCUGCAGACAGACGGUAACACUAUUCUUACCACUCUUUGGUGAAGAUCAGCAGGGUGCAGCCCAAGUGUUUCAAGAUGUUAAUGAUUACAAUCGAAGAUUUUCAGGACAGCCCAGAUCGAUUAUGGAGAGAAUUAUGGAUCUCCCCACUUUAUUGCGACAUGCUUUCAGGGAGAUGUUUUCUGUAGGGGGCCUCUUCUGGAUGUUUCGCAUCAGAAUAUUCCUCUGCUUGAUUGGAGCCUUGCUGUACCUGGCUUCACCUCUGGAUUUUCUUCCUGAAGCUCUGUUUGGAAUUCUGGGGUUCCUGGAUGAUUUCUUUGUCAUUUUUCUGCUGCUGAUAUAUAUCUCUAUCAUGUACAGAGAAGUGGUAACACAGCGUCUAAAUAGAUGAAAUGGCCAAAAGUGACCUAAAAGCAGAGUCAGUUGUGGAAUGUUUUAAAAAGAAAUCUAUAACAUAAGUAUGAUAUAGCAAGGUGCCUGUGUAUGAGUUCAGUAGUAACAAUUUCUUAGCUGGUUAUGUUAUACAAACAUAAAUGGUUAGUGUAUGGUGAUGCUUAACUGGAAUCUUUCAUUUGUGCAUUACAUAUGCUUCAUAAGGAUGAGGUUAGUUUUAUAAUGUUAUAAUAAACCACCUUCAUCUACUUCCACAUGAUUAACAACUGUGUAUAAUGAAAGCAGGAAACACUUUCUUUGGUGUGUUGUGGUUUUUGAAAAAGGAGUUCUAGAAAAGUACUUCAAACAAUAAGCCCUUUGCAUAAUCUAGAUGUGUAAGAAAAUUCAGAAAUUCUUCACAGUACGGUUAUCAUGACUGAAUUGUUUGAUGUCUCCCUGUUGUGGGCUAGAGAUUUUUGAAAUAAAAAUCUUUGUUUGUCUAUGGAAGAAGAAACCCAAGGACCACAUUACAGUUAUCACUCUGCAGUUUGCUCUUGUCCACAUGCUUCAGAAAAAUAAGGAUAAUACCUUGGUAUUGCUUGAACUGCACUAUGUACCAUGCAAUUGUAUUGCAUGCAAUUUGUACCAUUUUAUUUUUAUAUUUGGGAAUAUAUACACAGUAUCUGCUCUACAUUGAGAAACCAGUAUUAUGCACGUCACACUCAUUAGUGCUCUAUUUUUUUUAGUGAGAGCAUGGUUUUUCUCUUCACACUUUUUUAUUUGGUAAGUAUAUAUCUUAGAAGCAGAGGUUUUGUGCUGCUUUCGGUCAAUGCGAUAUGUCUGAAAUGCAACUUUGCAUUUCUGUAUAUGCAUUAAAACAUUCGGCCAGUUGGAGAGGACACUCAAAUUCCAAAUAGUGGUUGAAAAAACGAAGUCAGAACUGGAUGUUUACAGUACAUGUACAUGUAUGUGUAAAGUGUAGAUGUUUACCCAAAUGUACAUUCUGCAAGAUAUGUGUACUAAACAACAUAGAUGUUGGGGUCAUUUUCAGUUGGAGUUUUCUUGUUUGGUUGGUUGUUUGGUUUGGAUGUCAAUAGAAGAGGUUCUGAAUUAUCUUGAAAAAUAGUCUGUGAUAAAGGACCAUAAAAAAAUCUUGAAAAUGUUUUCAAAAAUACCAGGGUAUUAAUUAUCCUUAAAGCUGAUUUUUUUUUCAUUGAAAUUGAGCAUAGGCUAUCAUAGGUAUACAAGUAAUUUGAAAAUGCUCUCAUUUUGAGCAAUGAUUGUGACUAUAAAGGUCCAGGAUAUGACAGAUCAUUGUACUUUUUAGCUAGAGGAAUGAUAAUUGCAAUUUAACUUCCUGAGUACUUGAAAGACAGUGAAUUAAUAGGUGAUUCUUUGUGUGUUUACAUAUAUAGGUGAGGCUUAAAAUAAAAGGGACCUUUUCACCACUUCUGUGUUUUCCCCUUACAAGUGUCUUUCCACAGCUUCUAGCACUUAGGCAUGUGUAGGAAGAUGAUAGAGCUGAAACCUCAGGUGUCAGUCAUUGAGGGUGCAGAUUGUCCGUCAGUGUUCAAAAUGGCAUUGAUUUAAAACAAAGUUCACCGAUUCUUCAUUUGAAAAUUCAGUUUUGGAAAUCCAAGGCUAUUUUACAAACGAACUGGAAAGCUAAACUUUUCUUUGUUGCUGUUUGUUAGAGAUGGGCAAGAAGAGAAAAGAGAAGUGAAGCAUGAUUUGGAGGAAAAGAGCAAGAUAGAAAAUUACAUUUUUGGAAGCAAAUGCUAGCUAACUUUUCUUGAGCAUCUUGGUUGAGCUUUUCACCUUGUGUUGGCAUUGCUAAUGUAUGGUGAUGUUUUACUGGCUACCUCAGUUAAAACUCUUUAAGGUGUUAUUGAGUAAGGGUGAGAUAUUCAUAAGCUGUUAGGUGCAAUUUUAAAGCAAGAUAGUAGUUUAGGAUAUUAUGUAAGACAGGAUUUUACAGUUUUGCUGUAAGUAUUGUUUUUGGGUUUGGGGUUUUCUUUCCCAAGAAAUCUAGCUGAAAACAAGCCCCAAAAAUACUUUUUUGAUUGAGUAAAUUUAGCACCCUCUGUUCUCCUGGAGUUUAAGUUGUAGAUCUGCUUAGAGAAGAGUGUGAACUGCUCUUGUAGAGUAAUUGGAGUUUGUUCAUGGAAUUUGUUGAUCUGGUACUUCAUCCAUACUUUUACCCUAUGAUUAUAAUUUUCCCACGACUCUCUAAAUCCAGAGUGGAUACAGAUGUACGUGAAUCUGCUUACUGAUUGGUUUUCUUUGAAUUUCCCAAUUUCAUGCGCUACUGUGAAGUUCAUGUGGAAAUUCCCUAUCCCAUCUAAGGGGAUCUUGAAUAUCUGAAAUCAUACACAAACCACAUCGGAAAGACUAUAUAAAGUUUCCCUAUGUUCUUUUUCUUCAGUACAUUUGUGAUAGCCAGAAGGGUUUCACUCAGAGGCUUCUGCUUACUUUUGAAUAUUGAGUAACAUUGUAAUCUUAAAUUCAGCACAUUAAAUGCUUGACAGAAUUAGAACUGUUCUUUUCAGCAAUAUGUGUGCUUGCCUGUGGAUAUUCUUUUCUGGUCCUGCAAGCCAAUGAUAAACAGUAUUAUGACUUGUUCAGGCCUUUUUGUGUAAUGCAAAGAUGCAUCUGUCCUGGAAUGUCUGGCCACUGCUCCUUUCCACAAAUCUGAAAUAGCUAUAAGUUAGCUAUCUUGGUAGUUAGCUUGAGCUUAACCUAAGCUCUAGAACUCCCAAGAAGCUGGAGAUUAAAAUAUGAGCAUGUAGUAUUCCUGAAUUGUGUGCUGCCAAGUUGUUUUGUCAGCAAUGUGAAAGGUAAGGGUUAGGGCUGAACAGUGGCUUCAGAAUGUGUGCAGAGUGACUGCAAACAUCGCUAUAGUUUUGUCUCCUAAGAUGGGGCAGGCGUGUCACUAAGGGGGGAAAAUCUAAAAAAGGAAAACUACAGCAGGAAGAUGUAUGGGGAUAAAACACAGUUCUUAAAAGAUCACAUGGGCACCAAAAGCUAUGUGAAAUAUUUGAUUUCUCUAGCAAUAUUAACAAACAGGAAAACAAAAAUUAUACUUAAUAGCUCUUACAAAAUAACUUGUAGCAUCUUGAGGCCUAAUGAUCAUCACUGUAUAGAGCGAUUCAUUUCUGUGCUAUUUGUGUGCCGCACCACUGAUGUCUGUGAGAAUCAGGCACAACAGUGUGGUUUGGGGAUACAAUUUUGCCAUCAGUUUCAUAAAACUGUAGCAGUAUGUUACACUAGAUUUUUAAGACAAAAGAAUUUAAAACUACUUAUUGUUACUUUUAAUGAGAAUAAAUUGCUGUUAAAGA